AUGUCGACGCAUCUUGAUAAAGCUCUGUAUCACCUGUCUUUGGAAGAUGAAGAUGAUGAACCAUUAGUUCUUCCGGAUUCGCCGGAGUACUACUCUACAGGAAGAAACUCUCUAAGCUUGCUUUAUGACAGAGUGAGAGGUGUGGCCCUUUCUAAAGAACGCUUUCAGUUCAUCUUCGUGUAUGAACACGAUCUUCUAGACGUUCUCAACAGAGGCGUUCACACUUUUCAUCUAUGGCCAAUUGUGUUAGAGAGAUGGGUUAAAAAACCUCCGAUAGAUUAUCUUCAACACUUUAUGGUUUGGGUUCAUAUGAGGAACAUCCCUAUCAACCAUUAUACCAAGAAAGCUCUAUGGUCUCUGGGGGAUUUUGCUGGUCAGGUGGUUGAAGUAGCUUUUGAUCCGGAUAAGCCUCAGCUCAGAGACUAUGUAAGGGUGCUGGUGAAGUUUGAUGUGGCAAGACCUCUCAGAAGAUUCAAGAAAGUUACAAUUCCAGGAGGAGAAGAGGUUAAAAUAUUAUAUGACUAUGAAAGAUUGCAGAAAAGAUGUUAUACUUGUCAGAGGCUUACGCAUGAUCAGAGUCAGUGUCCUUUCUUCAUCAAGCAGCAAUCUUUAGCCGACAAGUCGCCGGCUGCUACUUUGAAUGAUAAUAGAAGUUCAGAACUUAUAAAAACGCUAGCAGAGUCUGAUCCCUUGUUUGGGGUCAUUCCUCAGAAGCUUUUGGGUGUGGAUCCUAUCUCCGGGAAGCUUAAGAUUGCGGAUGAGGUUCUGGAAGGAAUGCGGACUUACUUAUUGGUUGCUUCUGGUCCAGAAAAGGUGGCGAGAGUUGAAAGAGUGAGGAAAUCGCUUGAGGAGCUAGAGAAUGAUCCGAUUGGUAGAAGGACUAUGCUUAUGCUAGAGCCAACUCCAACUAUUACGUCAGAUCUGGAUAAAGGCAAAGGAAUUGUGUAUGAUUUCAGUCAUCAAUCGAAAUCUUCCUCAAAUCCUCCGAAGUUGAUGGCCUCUGCGAUUGCUGCGGGUUCUAAGGUUCUGCAGUCUGGAAAGGUUGUUUCGGAACUGCCUAUACCAAAGUCUCAGUCGAUGCCUUUUCAACUUUGUUUCUCUCAGGAGGGUUCAACGGGUUUUAAUACUGGUUUCCUUGAAACUAGUACAUCCGGGACUCUUCAGAAGAAAACAAGAGCUAGAAGGAGGCCAGGAACUUUCACAAGGAAGACAAAUGGCAAAGCGGUUAUGAAGGCAGAUAAAGACGCAGGGAAGAUAGUUGGAGAAGGUGUGGUUUCUGAUGCGAAAAGGAAGGCACAACAAGAUGUCGAGCCAUCUCAAAGCUCUGCAAGGUUUAAGAAACCAUUGGUGGUCCCGAUUGAGGGACCAUCCAAUAUCUAA